GCCGCGCCCGCCAUUGCCAUAUAACCACCCCCUCGCUCUCCCUCGCCACCAGACGCGCGCCACCGCUUCCAUCUCGCGCCGGCCCUCCUACGCCAUCACAUCACCACCAAGCCAAGCCAAGCCAAGCCAAGCAAGCCUCGCCUCCGCAUUGCUCCGCUCGCCAUGGCGUGCCUGCUCCGUGCCACGGCGCUGCUCCUCGCGCUCGCGGCGCUGGCCGCCACGGCGCUCCCGGCGCCGGCGGCGGCGGGCGGCGUGUCCGCCGGCGGGGACCUCGGCCACCUCGUGAUGCGGCGCGGCGCGCGGGCGUGCCGCGGCACCGUGGGCGAGUGCAUGGGCUACCUCGACGUGGACGCCGAGGGCGAGGCCGACGUGGCCGGGAUGGCCACCGGCGGCAGCAAGCGCCGGGUGCUGCAGGGCGGCUCCGGGUACAUCGGCUACGACGCGCUGCGCCGGGACAACGUGCCCUGCUCCCAGCGCGGCGCCUCCUACUACAACUGCCAGCCCGGUGCCGAGGCCAACCCCUACUCCCGCGGCUGCAGCGCCAUCACCCAGUGCCGGGGCUGAUCGCGCCCUGCACGCGUGUUCCACCUCAAAUCAUGUUGCUGCUAGCUUCAUGGUGAUGUUUGUCUUACGAGUUCGAGAGAUGGGUUGCGCAGUGGAGAUGUGUCUGCUCUGUUCUAGCUGAGCUUCGCCUUCAGGGUGAAAGUAAAAGUAAUUUAUAUACGACCGUGUAAUUCUUGUGUCUCUGAAUUUACCGCCAAAUGAAUUUUCAUCAUAUGUUCCUGCAUAUAUUUGAUCGAA